CCUCCACCCAAGCAUAAUCUAUCGGAUAUUUAAAUGGCAUUCCCAGCAGGUAUAGCGAAUUCAUUUCUGCCAUCAUGCGGCAAUCAUGAAGCCUCUCACAUUGUCACGACUCUUGCUCCCAAUCUACGUCGGGGCUGAAACUCCAACAGUCACACUCGACUCAGGCCCAGUCUUUGGUCUCACUACAACUCUCCCAGCUGCUUCGCCUGUGAACAAGUUUCUCGGUAUUCCUUAUGCUGCGAGAACGCAGCGUUUCACCCGGGCUAAGAAGCCUGAACCAUGGACGAAGCCCUUGAAUGCGACCAGGUUUGGUCCUUCAUGCAGGCAGCUCUUCGUCCAAAGUGAACUCACUCCGGAGAUUGAUCUGCUCAAAGGACUGUUCAACACAGCAUCCCGUGAGAGUGAAGACUGUCUCUACAUCAACGCUUUCGCUCCAGCAGACCCCCACCCUUCAAGGGCUGUGCUCUUGUUCAUCAGCGGCGGUGGAUGGCAGCAAGGCAACGGAGAAGUCGAUCUGAGUGGUUUCGCGGCGUAUGAAGACAUCGUCGUCUUUACCUUUAAUUACAGAACAAAUGUCUUUGGGUUCCCAAACUCCCCAGAUAUACCAGCUUCAGAGAUCAACCUCGGUAUCCAUGAUCAGCAACUCGCUAUCGAAUGGGUUCAGAGAAACGCUCGCGCCUUUGGUGGCGACCCAGACAAAGUCACCAUCUGGGGUGAAUCUGCAGGUGCCAUGUCCGUCGAUAUACACGUCAACAGAUACACAUCUCCCCCAUUCCGCGCCGCAAUGAUGUUUUCUGGUCAAAUGUCUGUUGGGUACCUCGGAAGCACUGCCAGUCAUCACGAUACUUCGUACUGGGAUAACCUGACAACUGUUGUUGGCUGCCAGGGACCAGAUCAGCUGCAGUGUAUGCGAGAGGUGCCAGGAGACGAUCUGGUCAAGGCUAUGGGCACGGCUGGGAGUGCAUUCUUGCCGAUCACUGAUAAUGUGACAAUUCUGAGUGACAGAGCGGAGAGAUGGAGAGAUGGCGAUGUUGCAAUAAUUCCUGUGCUUAUGGGAACAAUUGCGGAAGAGGGCCGAGGACUGAUCAACAGAAAUAUCUCACUCGAGACAUUCUUAGGGGCAUAUCUUUCUGAGCCACUGGUCAGCAAAAGCCAACAGAAAACAAUUCUCAAGGCUUAUGACGACCCCAGCCUCAAGACCGACUUUGAUGUUGCUGCCGCAAUCUAUACAGACUUUGUCUGGCAAUGUCCCCAAGCUAUUCUCGCCAACAUUUCAGCCUCGGUCAAUCCAACAUGGCGAUUCUACUUCAAUGCCUCGGUCACAAGUCUUUUAGACGACAAAUACUCCUGGCUAGGCAAAUUCCACGGCUCAGACGUCCUUCUGCUGUUCAAUACACCAACCUUUGACACGAUGUCACCACAACUCUACACAUUUGCGGAGUAUCUUCGAGGAGUUGUGGGGAGAUUUGUCAGAAACCCGCAAGCUGGACCAGGCUGGCCCGUUGGAUCGAGAUAUGUUGCAAACCUGGGAGAUGUCGGGCAGACACAGACAUCAGGACCUUCAAUCAUCGACCAAUCAGUGCUGGAUCAGAGAUGCAGCCUGUACGAGUCGAUUUAUCCUCUCAUCGAAGAGUAUGCAUUAUCAGUUUAAUCGGAAUUAUCACGUAGGCCCCCGAAUACUACUCAAUCUCGUUGCAACGUAAUCUCGCCAAUCGUCGUCUACGUCAUUUGACCCACGGUUUUAAUACGGC